AUGAAUGAAUUAAUACAAUAUUAGAAGUAACCAUCUAUAAAAAGUAUUCCUAGAUCCUCAUAGGAAUAAAAAAGAUCGUCUGUAAUCAGAUCUAUUUUGAAAUCAUAAUCUUCGCCUAGAUUCAAUCAUAGCUAAUAAGUUUCACAAAAUAGUUAAUUUUAAUCAACACAGUCAAGCUUUAUUCAAAAAAGAGGAAAUAAAUCUGCGGAAAAAAGAAUUCCAAAGUUAAUUCUUAAUCAAUUAAAUGCCAAUCCUGAAGAUUUCUUUAUUACUGAAUAUCACAAGCCGGUUGAGGUUAAAAGAAAAUCAGCCCUUUCAGAGUAGCCAAAAAUUUAGUUUAAAAAGUAGAAAUAGAUAGAUGUUGUAGUAUAAGAUUUGAAAAGAGCUGUAAGCUAGCUUCGUAAUAUUCAAUAAAUCAUUGAUGGAAAUGAUAAACGUGGAACAAAAGCUAAGUAAACUACAUAAGAUGAAAUGGAAUAGACAACUCUAUUCUUUGAGACUCCAAAAGUUAUUGAGACAGUCAAAAAUGAAUAGAAUGAAAGGAAUUUUUUAAUAUAGUAAAUCGAGAAGUAAAUUCCUGAAAAGAAAUAUAACACUUACUCUUAGUAAGUAAGUCCUUUGAGCACCAAGCGUACAACAAGAUAAACUUUUCAUUUUUCAAGAGAAAGUUCUAUCAUAAAGUAGAACUCUCCAUAAGUUUUAUCAACAAGACAUAUGGGAGAAAUGAUACUUAAGAAAGAACAAUAUACAAGUAGAUAAGAUUAAAUCUAGAAGAUUCAAGAUGUAUUAUUAUUUGGAUAGCACAAGCUUAACGUCUUCGCCCCAACCUAUAAGGAAAAAUUAUAAAAACUUUAUAGUCUAUAAAUGUAGGUCAAAAAUUUGAUGGGUGAGUAAAAAUUAAUUGAAGAAUGUAACUAAAAUAUAGAUUCUGACUUUAACCAGCUUAAGCAAGAAAUAGAAUAAUAUGAAUAAAAAGUAGAUGAUGAAGAAACAAUAAAAUUAUCUCUCCAAUUUAUGAUCGAGGUAAGGUCAAAUGAUUACAUGAUUAAAAAAGUUCCAUAUGAAAAUGAUUCAAUAAUGCUUGAAGUUCUUAAAAAAUUUUUAUCUAGUGAAUAAGAUUUAUUAGGUACAGAUGUCAAAGCAAUCGACAAAAUAAAAUAAGAAUUCAUGAAAUUGAAAAGAGAGAGACAGCAGACUUAGUCCAAAUAAAAUUUACUUGAUGAGAAUAUCAGGGUGAAGGAAAACAACGAUGAAGAGGUUUAGAAAUAGAUAUAGAGAGAGAUAUUAUAUUAACAAUAAAUAGAAAUUGAAAAAUAAAUGGAAGAAUAAAGAAAAUCUGACAGAGAAGAAAACAGAAAAGCCCGAUUUCAAUAAAAAGUGCUCGAAUAAGUUCAAAAAAUCAAAGAUUAUAAAUCUUUCUUUGAUGAAAUUUAAAAUAAUUUUUAAUAGAUAUAAAAACCUUCUGAUAUUUUAGAUUAAUUUCAUCAUGUUAAGGAGUCAAAUCAGUUUCUAAAGAAAAGAAGAGAGAUUUUAUAAAAUAAGAUUGCUAAUCUGAGAAAAGAUUUAGAAGAAUAAUAAAAUGAGUUGCAAAUGUAUAAAUCAAAGGCAUAUAAUGAAUCUAUAUUGGAUAUUGAAGUAGAUUAAAUGGUGGAUUAUGUUAGAUAAAAGGAAAAAGCAGAGUAGUAAUUAUAAAAAGACAAGCAAACAAUUUUUAAUAAAAAAAUAAUUAACUAACAAAUCUAAUUUUCUAUCGAAAAUCUCAUGAGCGAUCUUCAAAAUUCAUCAAUUCAAGAGAUAAAAUAAUUUCAUUUUACAACAGGAGACUCUUUAUAAAAUAAAAUUACUAAAGUUAUUGAAUGCUAAAAAUUAUUGAGAAAUAAGCUAUGGAGUGAAAAUGUAACAGAUGAAGAAAUAAUAUUAUUUAAAAAUACAAAAUGCUAUUAUUUAAAGAAUAACAAUCUCAACUAAGGAAAAAUUCAACAAAGCAAACAUAGUAACGAAAAUAGUAUAACAUAUAUUAGAAAUUGA